AGGUGAUCACGUGUCUAGGUGGUAACCGCAAGCCAAUCAUCUCGCGUGCUCCUUAAACAUUCCAAACAACAUACCCAAAGAAAAUGUCUCAAGAUCACAACUGCGAAAAAUGUCGAACAAGAAAAUGAAGUUGUUACUAGAAACUCUAAUCACUAGACAACUAAUUGUCCUGCUCUUUCUGUUUAUUUAUUUCUUGUCAUUCUGUCAAGUUUCUGUUGUUUCAUCUCAAGAUAUCAACUCUCAUCUGCCUAUCUGCAACAAAAGUCAGAAUUCUUUUGUUAUAAAUUCGUCUUCAUCAGUUGUACAAAACUUUACAAGUCCAAACUAUCCUCAAAACUACCCACUUUAUAGUAAUUGUAUAUGGAUUAUUAUAGCUCCUUUUGGACAUCUUGUUAAGUUAACAUUUAGUGCCUUUUCUAUUUAUACAACAAGUGAUUCUGCUGUACAACAAUGUCCCUAUGCAUAUGUACAAGUUAUAGAGGAGGAUGCCCAAGGCAAUAGUGAAGUUGUUGGCAGGUUUUGUGGAAGUCGUACACCUCAGACUAUAUAUUCCAGUGGUGGGAACUUGAAAGUCGUGUUUAAAAAUACACUGUUAACAUCAGCCAAGGGAUUUGUAGCCAAAUAUUCUGCAGUUAGGAAAGGAUUAGCAUGUUCCUCUCAGAAUACUAUUGAUGAAAAUAGCAACAUUCUUUUACAACAAACUACAACAGGGUUAAUCAAACCUCCUCAAUUCCCUGACUCUUACUCUGGAUCAGUUGAUUGUACCUGGAAAAUUGCUCUUCCUCAAAAUAAUGGCAUCAAUAUUACACUCAUAUCAUUCACUGGGAAAGAAAAAGCAACAUGCAUUGAUUCAUCACUAGAAGUUUACAAUGGUUGGUAUGGCAUUGGCCAUGGUGCAAGGCUUGGAUUGUUCUGUAAGAAGACAAAACCUCAUUCAAUAUUUUCAAGUGGGAGGUAUUUGUCUCUUCGCUGGAGAGCAAAGAAUUCAAAACUUGCUGUUGGUUUUAAAAUGGCAUUCAAGGCUAUCCAGCAGAAAAAAUCUGGAUCAUGUGAUGCUAGCAGCAAAGUAGUACAUCUUAGUGGUAUUGCGGGUAGUAUUUUCACACCUGGUUACCCAAUAGAAUACCCAAAUAGUAUUGAUUGUACAUGGAAAGUGARGGUCCCUACAGGUCUUCAUGUUAGACUGAAGUUUGAGUCAUUUCAGCUUGAACCAGGAUCAAGUUGUUCUGAUAAAGUUGAAGUAAAAGAUGGAAGGAAACUGCUAGCAAAACUUUGUGGUUCAUCACUUCCUCAGAUACUUGUCUCUCCAACUCAGCACAUGCAUAUUACCUUUAGUAGUAAUCUUGCUAAAAGUGGAAAAGGAUUCCUUGCUGUAUUUGAGGCAGCAACUGGUACACAAGCACCAAAAAUCACCACAACGCCAGGCAUCCAGCCAGGAGUGUGUAGCCCUUUAAACACCAAUGACGUGAACAAUAAUUUACAACUGUCUGGCUCAUCAGGAUUUGUCCUGAGCCCUAUGUACCCAUCCCAGUAUCCCAAUGGCAUCAGUUGCACUUGGAGAAUAACUGUUUCAAGUAGCAAGAGAAUACAUCUUGUAUUUGAAGAUUUUUGGAUUGAUGACCAACUUGGAUGUCAAGGAGAUUACCUGGAAAUACGAGAUGGCAGUCAGAAAAGUAGUCCUCGCAUUGGGGACAGGAAUUGUGGAAACAAGAAACCAGGUGAAGUCUACUCUACUGGAUCUUCUUUGUGGUUACAGUUUGUGUCUGAUUUUGUAGGAACAAGCCAUGGUUUUAAAGCCAGAUAUUCUGCUGUUAAUAAACCUUUCAAUCGAUUUAUUGCUGUUGGAAUCGGUAUUGGCGCUCUUGCUCUAGUUCUCAUUGCUAUCCUUGUUUUCUGGAAAAUAAAGAAAAAGCGAAACAAAGGAGAAGAAGAGCAAGAUGAAGAUCAAAGUGACAUAGGAACUCUAGACCGUGUUACCCCUGGAAACGCUUUACUUGGAGACUCUCCCCAUGCCUCACCCUAUGAGUAUGGGCCAAAUAGUGUUCCCAUGGAAACGUUUAAUCACCAUGACGACCUAAAAGAUAAUCCAAAAACUGAACUCAAUGAGGAGUUUGCAUGGUUUAAGCCAAGUAAAAGAAAAAGCAAAGGAUUUGAGUCAACAAUGUAGACGAAAAACUGCUUUCAGGCAACGGUGUUAAGUAUUUUUGUAUAAAAGUGCAUAUAAUGUGGACGUUAGGGUGGUUUUCAUUAGGUUCCACCGAAAAGACAAAAAAAAAGGGAAAAAUAUAGAAUACAUAAUGAAACCACUAUCCUUUUUUUACGGAUGCAAUUCUUCUUUGGAUGUCUUUACACAUGCUUAGCAACGACGUUCAGAAUGGUCAAGAUACAUAUCAGGCUGUACUUGGAAAGACAAGGUUCUUCUCAAGGUUGUUCUGUUGAACUUGCACUUAGUCAAAUCCAAGAAUAAGCUUCUGUGAUACUGUGUAAAGUAAAUGGAUGGAUUUAUACGGUGCAUUGAAUGCGCAUUACGUCAUAGCUGUCACUUUGAACAAUGCUGACUAUUUCGUUCAGUUGUUUUCGAGUGAUUCUCCAUCGUAUGCAAACAAUGUCAAAGCGCCUCUCCACGGUAGCCAAGUACUGUAGCUUUGCAGUAGAACGGCAAAAUAAUUCUCUUUUUCAAUGAGGUAUUAUUUGAAUUAAUUGAGAAAUACUGUCUAAAAACUAAAUUAUUUGAUUGACUUUAAGAAGUCAUUUGUCCUCAUAGAAAUAACUUUGAAUUACAUUUAUGCAGUUAUGCAAUAUAGUCUACGGGACAACACUCCUUCGACUGCCCUGAUUAAUGUUAAGAAGUAGCUGGUCAUUGUUUAGGAUUUUGUUCACGUCAGUCGUCCCAAGAUAAAUUCCUUUAUUAUACGAACAGUGUAAACCAUCACUAUCAGUACUAUGGGUGGAUCUUCUAGUUAAAAUUGUAACUUGAAAACACUUCAUGAUUUGCAUAGUUUUGUCUUGAACUACCAUAAUAGCUUGGGGUUAUCAUUUGAAGUUGAUUUCCCCUUAGUUGCCGAGAAUGCCUGCUAUGUUGGAGAGAAUAAAGUCCCGUGUCAUCCUCGUACCCAGAUCGUUCUCGGCUUAGACGAAAAAUUGGUUGGAGACGAAUAAGUCUUUUGAUUGGUUCAAACAUUCCCAUGAGCCAUCUGUGUUUAGCACGAUCCAGAUUCUGAGUCUUCGGGUAUCAUCUCAUACCAGACCCUCCGAUUUUUCAUUGGGAAACUUGUAAGGGUCUGGGCACGAGGAUCCAUGGUGACGUGUAAACGGAUUCAAGCCAAACGUAAAACAUCAAACAUGGAGUUUGUAGUGCCCCCACUAAGAAUCUGUUUCAUGAUCCAUGAAUUACGCAAUAUUGCGCAAUAGCGUUUAAUGAUCAUGAAAUCAUUCAAGUUUGGACAAACCUAAAAAAGGAAUUAAUUAAAUAUUUAAGAUAAAAAGCUGCAAUUUUCUCGAAUGUGAUUUGCCUAUUUAAACCGAUAUCCGCACUAUUUCAUGUCUUGUGCUUUCCUUGUUCGCUGUUUUCGUGAAAAUAUACAACAAUUGCCAGAAUAAAAUGUAAAAAAGACCUUCAGAAAUUUAGAAUUAAAAGUGAAUGUUGAUAUU